CCCCUCUGGGGAAAGCUAAUGCCCACUCUUCGACGAGGAAGCUUUUAAAGAGAAUUCGGGGCCUCAACUCGUUCCGGAAACCUUGGAGAAAAGAGAGCCACAAAAGGGACCAUGAGUGACGGGGACAAGAAUCCAGCCGCCACUCCCACCCCGGUCGUUGACGUUCAUGGUGAUGGGCGAUGGAUGUCGCUGCACCAGCGCUUCAUUGCUGACAGCAAAGACAAAGAGCCCGAGGUUGUGUUCAUUGGCGAUUCUCUGCUGCAGCUGUUACACCAGUUUGAGAUUUGGAGGGAGUUGUUCUCCCCUCUGCAUGCGCUCAAUUUUGGCAUGGCAGGAGAUGCCACCCAGCACGUACUCUGGCGCCUGCAGGAUGGUGGGCUGCAGCACAUCCGACCAAAGAUUGUGGUCGUCUGGGUGGGCACCAACAACCAUGGCCACACUGCAGAGCAGGUGGCUGCUGGCUUAGAAGCCAUCGUGCGGCUCAUCAAUCAGCAACAGCCACAAGCCCGCAUAGUUAUUUUGGGUUUGUUACCACGAGGCAAGAACCCCAACCCGCUUCGGGAGAAGAACCAGAGGGUGAAUGAACUGCUGGAGGCCAAGGUGCCACUGUUGCCCAAUGCCACCUUCCUCAAUGCCGAUCCAGGCUUCGUGCACUCGGACGGGACCAUCAGCCACCACGACAUGUAUGAUUACCUCCAUCUGAGCCGGCACGGCUACGCACGGUUCUGCCCUGCUCUGCAUCGGCUGCUGCUGUGCUUGCUGGGAGAAUGCAACGCUAAAGCUUCUUGACCGCUCUGGAUUUUUACUUGCCAGAAAUAGGGGGUGCCCACCCCUUUCUGGCCUGGGAAUGGGCCAGAGGCACGCACGUGGAAACAUAGAAACAUAGGCUUACCCCCUGCACAAUGCAGGGAAUUCACAGCUACCCCUCCACUCCCCCCGCCCCCUGGGACCCUUCCUCUAUGCCCACAGGAAGGCAAAAAACCUCCAGAAUCCCUGGCCAAUUUGGCCUGAAGAUUCCUUCCUGACCCCGGCCCCCCCCCCCCCAAGUAGCAAUUGGCAUUACCCCAGGGCACGUCAGAAAUGGCCGUCCCCGUUACAACACGAAAAUACCAAAUCACCAGGUCUGGUAGCUGCUUGACCCCAGCCAAGGGUCACAUAAUCAUGUUGGCACAAAAGGAAGGUUGAGGUACUGCUGUUUAAAAACCCAAAUAAAAUAAACCAUAUUUCUCAUUCCACAGGGCAGCCCCCACCGUUUUGGCCUGCCAAAAAGGUCCCUGGGGCACCCAUGUGGGAAGUCAGGCUAUGUGAGGAGGCUGUGCAAGG